AUGGGCAGACUGCACACAUUCGUGGUGACCCUGAGGCGAGAGUACCGCGACAUCAACUGGGGCCUGCGGCUGGUGGGCGGCGCUGACCUCGCCACCCCGCUCAUCGUCACCAGGGUGACGCCAGGUACACCGGCAGGAAAGGAACUAGCGCGAGGCGACAUAAUUGCCAAAAUUGACGACUACGAUGCACGCGACCUGCGCCAUGAAGACGCACAGAACCUCUUCAAGAACGCGAAUAACCAAAUCAAAUUAGUAGUGCAGAGAGGCAGGCCGAGUACACACUUGUGUCCGAUGACACGUUAUAGCAGUUUCUCGGGCCGCUCGCCCACUCCAUCGUUCUAUUACGAACGAUUCGAGGAUGUGGACCGCGAGGCGCCGCGCGAUGCGACAUUAGCGCCACGCUCGCCGUUAGUCAACGCCGCUGCACCUCCCUUCAGGACACCUAGUCCGUUACCGUCGGCAUGGCGCGGUCCGGAGUCUUUACCGCGGAGCACCCCAGUGCCUCCGUACACACAGUUCCCUGUGCAACAGGAGGGCGAGUUCCGCUCCGUCAUGAUGACGCCGCCUUCCAGUCGCGGCGAUGACGUCAUCGACGAAUCUAUACAGAGCCAGCCGUACCGUACAACGCCACUGGUACUGCCCGGCGCGAAGGUGCGUCGCGAGCCUGGCCCCACUGAGAGCUACCUGCGGCAUCAUCCCAACCCCGCAAUGCGCGCUCCGCCGCACCACGACUACCGCGACACACUCAUGAAGCAGAAGGUGGCGGAGUCGGUGCUGCAGCGAGUGGUGGGCGAAGAGGGCAAUAAGUUUGUGCACAAGCAAUUCAAUUCGCCCAUCAAUCUAUAUUCGGAACAAAACAUCGCCAACUCGAUCCGACAACAAACAACGCCCUUGCCCCACAAGCCCACCGUGCAAUACGACCCCGCCGCCUCCGACACCUACCGCGCGCUGCACGACUCCGAGCCCGCGCAACAACACUCCGCGCCCCCCGCCGCCAAGGUCUUCACCGCGCCUCACAACAAGAGGCCGACACCCGCUCCGAAAGCCAAGCAAAGUGAGGCGAAUUCGAAAACAAAACAAACGACCUUCGUGAACUCUUUACACGAGGAGCACAUCCAGCAGUCAAACUCGUUCAAGAGGCUCAUGUACAACGUGCUCGGAGACACCGAGCUCUAAGCGACACGUCCAGAUCAGUUAAACAUUGCCAUAUCAAAAUACCAAAUUUACCACAAAAAAAAUAUUUUGUUUUUUUGAUGAUCUUUUCUAUCCAUCAUAUUUAACUGAUUUAAAAUGUAAGAAAUGGUUAGAUGGCGCUACGUAUUUAGAUAUUUUAUCGACUUGUAACGAAACAAAGACUAACAAUUAAUGUAGAGGGCGCUGACGUCGCCCUAACGGUGUGUAAUUUCGGUGGAUUUUAUUAAUUCUAAUACUCGAGUAUUAGUUAUAUACAAUUUUAUUUAAGUAGACAUGUAACUUGUAAGUGUUGAUCUUCUGUUUGUACAGAAAUAUAAUUUAUGUCUAACAUAAGAGUUGAGUGUACAGUCUAGUCACGUCGACCCGAGCUCUGGUCGCAGCGCGCGUCUUUGAUGUAUUCGAAAUAUAUUAAAUAAAUUAUUUAUUUUAUCUA